AUGAGCAGGGGUAAUGCUACAGACACACAAAACCCAGCAACACCACCUAUCCCACCAUGUCUCCCACCACCGCUCCCUCCCUCCUCCCCUCCCUCACCCUCCGCCGACAAUUCAUUCACCAUCCCAACGGCCAGUCAACAGCCUACAUCCACGACACCUUCGCCGACCCCUGGCGCCGCGCACUUCUACCACUGGGUCCCCGCCUUGUCACAAAAAUACAACGUCAUCCGCCGCGAGCUCCGGGGCCACGGCGCCUCCUCCCACCCCAAACCAGAAGACGAAUACGACUACUCCGUCGAGACCAUCAUCUCCGAGAUCAUCGACACCCUGGACCAGCUCGGCCUGGCAAAAGUCCACUUCCUAGGCGAAUCCACGAGCGGCAUGCUAGCCGAGAUCCUGGCGGCCAAACACCCGGACAGAGUUUCCUCGAUAAUCAUCUGCUCCUCCCCCCACCCACCUCCCCGAAGCGGGACAGAGAUUCCUCGCUUUUGGGGAGAGGUCCUGGCCGGAGGGGAUCAGAGCCAGAGGGACGCGGUGGUGGGCAGAGUCUCUGGCUGCCGUGCUAUGAUGACUGUUGAGAGUAUGAGGGAACUGGCGGAGAAGAUACCGUCGGCGAGACUGAGGCUGAUUGAGUCGGGCGGGCAUGAGAUUUACUCGACGGCGGCGGAGGAGUGUCAGGGGGCUGUGUUGGAGUUUUUGGAGGGGUUGGAGGUAGAGUAG